GGCAAGACUCCCCAUUCAUAGAUAAAAAUCCGCCGUAAUCGGAGCGCAGGAGAAAAAAGUUUUGUUCAAAGACAUGUAGACAAACGAGUGGGUCUGAUUUCAUCGAGGUUUUGUGCGCAAAAGUGAUUUUGUUUAUAUCGCUUAUUGUAUAAAAGUGCAGGGGUUGAACCAACGAGCACAUAAGGAAGGGACGGUGGCGCUUCAUGAAAGAGGUGCUGUGAGAAAGAUUUCUAUCUCUCACACAAUCACAGCCGCACCCGAGUCGCAUCUAACAGCAUUACUAUCUACCUACUCUGCAAUAGCAUGGCCAGAUCUAGUAAAGCGACUUUAGCGUUGCUCAUCUACGGAAUCAUGAUGCACUACAGCGCCUUCUGCACGCCUAUUGGGAUGACUUUUCCCAAGAUGAGACUAGAAAAUGAUGUAUUUGACGAAGACGGAAACUCGUUAAGCGACAUGGCUUUUGGAACUGAUCAGAUUGCCAUACGAAGUCCCCCAUCUCUCACGGAUGACUUAUACACGCUCUACUAUCCUCCAGAGAAAAGAACGGAAAGGCAUGCAGAUGGAUUAUUAGAUAGAGCCUUGAGGGACAUCCUGGUUCAGUUAUCAGCACGAAAAUAUCUGCAUUCUCUGAUGGCAGUUCGUGUAGGCGGUGGAAGCAGCGAGGAGGAUGCAUCGGAACCAUUAUCAAAAAGGCACUCGGACGGGAUCUUCACCGACAUUUACAGUCGCUACCGAAAACAGAUGGCCGUCAAGAAGUAUUUAGCAGCCGUCUUGGGAAGAAGGUACAGACAGAGAGUUAAAAACAAAGGACGCCGAUUUGCUUAUUUGUAGCGCUGACAAAACAGCCCCGACUGCCCUCCCAUGUGUACAUUCAACCCUAAGAUCAAAGUCAUUCUGAUAUAACGGAAUAAUCAGUGGAUCGCGCCUGUGUUCUUUAAACAUGUAUUUAUGUAUGAAGUAAAGCCAUUAAAAUGAAUAUUUUACUAAUAACAUUGUUUUUCUUUUUGUACAAAAGCACUUGAAACCGCACAGUUAUACUUUGUGGACCAAUCCUUUUAGUUUUUAUGUAUAUAGCUAUAUAUGUUGAAAACAAAAGGUCACAAAAACCAUUGGGAGAAAAAAAGAAAAGAAAAAAUGUGCACCUUGAACGUUAUGCGCCUGGUAUCUUUUCAAAUUCAUCAUCAUAUGCAGAAAAUAAAUAGAUUUUAAAAAGACAA